CGGAGGCCGGGCGGGGUGAGCCGAGUGAGUGCGCAGGCGCCUCGCGGCGGGGCAGGGCGGACCGCCGGCCACGUGCAACCGCCCCGCCCACCAGCUACUCCACCAUGGGUUCCUGCGGGACUGUGGGUCCUGUGCGCGCGCGCUACCUCGUGUUCUUCCAGUAUUUGGGCACGGACUUCAAUGGGGUCGCGGCCGUGAGGGGUAACCAUCGCGCUGUUGGGGUGCAGAACUUCCUGGAGGAGGCCGCCAAGCGCCUGAACUCCGUUGAGCCCGUCAGGUUUACUAUCUCCAGCCGCACUGAUGCCGGGGUGCAUGCCUUGAGCAACGCGGCGCACCUGGACAUCUGUCGCCGCUCCGGCCUGCCGCCUUACUCCCCGGAGGUCGUGACCCAGGCCCUCAACACCCACCUGAAGCACCGCGACAUUCGCGUACUGAAGGCCUUCCGAGUGCCCAAUGACUUCCAUGCACGCCGUGCAGCCACCUCCAGAACCUACCUAUACCGUCUGGCCACAGGCUGCUCCUGGCCUGAUCAGCUGCCCGUGUUUGAGCAGAAUGUAUGCUGGGCUCUCCAGACAAAGUGCCUGGAUGUGGCUGCCAUGCAGGAGGCUGCCCAGCACCUCGUCGGGACACAUGAUUUCAGUGCUUUCCAGUCUGCCGGCAGCCCAACCACAAAUCCCGUGCGCACACUACGAAGAGUCUCUGUGUCUUCUGGUCCAGCCAGCCUAUUUGCCCUCCCCCAGGAGAGCAGGAAGCUGCAGUUCUGGACGCUGGAGUUUGAAAGCCAGUCUUUCCUGUAUCGACAGGUACGGAGGAUGACAGCUGUGCUGGUGGCUGUGGGGCAAGGGACCCUGACACCUACACAGGUGAAAGCCAUUCUGGAGAGUCAAGAUCCCUUGGGCAAGUAUCAGACUCGAGUUGCCCCAGCCCGUGGCUUGUUCUUGAAGUCAGUGCUAUAUGAUGAUUUCGGUCCUACAUCCUGAGCCCUGUAAAGUCCAAUGUGGAAACCAGCUGACUGUACCCUCAGUGGAGGUGAAGAGCCACACAGCAGACUGUCUGACCGACAGCCUUACUCAGUGUUUACUGCACUCAGCAGAGACUAACCCACAGCUCUGUGGGGCUCUGGUAGUCCUGCCUACCUUUCUGCAGCUCCCACCUCCCCAGUCUUUCCACCGUGGACAUCACUUUGUCACUAAUGAUGGGGUGCCAGGCAGGAAACAGCUGUAAGCACCCAAGUAGCUUCUGUUUUCCUGGGAGCCCCAUCCUCUAGGGAUAAGGGAGUAGGAA